AUCCGUUGGAAUUUGUGGAAUGCUCCAUAGGUAACGCAUGUACUAUUCUCCGAUAAUCGAUUUACCCUGGUCACCGGAAACCUAUAUAUUUGUGGUUCUCUACCUGCCUCAAGCUUCAGACGUGCUUGUCUCUAGCUUCCUAUGCUCAGUAGCAUCUUCAUCACUCUCUGUCUUUCUCUUAUAGCAGCGAAAGCGCUGCCUGUGGAGCCAUCCACUGGUUAUAACGGUUCGUGGCCCGCAGGCGUAAAGCGUGAUCUUCCCAUCUUCGAGAUCGACUACGAUGAUUACCCUCAAUCUGCCGAGAAUAUAUGCUACUCCUGGUAUUGUAACAAUGGUCCCCGUGCUGUGACACCGAACCGACCUGCCGCGAACCAGAAUCGUGCCAGCAACAGUUGCGGAAACGUCGAUCCGAACCGGUGCAGCACUCGGGUUGGCCAUGAUGCUGGCUAUCAGUGCGAUGAGUGGCCUUGGGCUAAUUCCAACGCCGGAGGCGCGAAUGCAGUUACGAGAUGCAUUCUUACUAGAGACAACACCGGAUCUGGGGCUUCUUGGGGUAAUUUCAUUAAUAACCAAGGUCCUCAGGCCCCAGGAUUCGUCCUACAGGAUAAUGUAGAUUUCGCGGAAAUUCGUGUCACCAAUGUACCCUUCCUGGAAGAAAAUAUAGCUCAUUUUUGCUUGGGUGAACGCGGAGUGCACAUCACUCCGGGUGCUUGCGAUGUGCUUGAUCACGGACAGCCCUAUUUGCAGCAGAUUGGCUAAAGUAACUUCUAUGGUUGAGCGAACGAUCUGCACUGUAAUGGAUACUAAAUGGAUUGUUUUUAUGCUGUGACAUUUUCCUGCCUCAUGAGCCUACAGAGGCACACUUUUCGAAGUACGACAGUACUUCAAAAUGUGGUUCCAUGAUGUCGGUAGUUACGGAGUUCAGCCUCGAGCGUGUUUUAUAUAGUGUGAGUUUUUAAUACUCAUUUCCGGAAGGCCUAUGGCGGUAAACGAACUGUGAUGAGCCCUGGUUUGUGCUACUGCAAUAUUUUUUGUACUACUAGAUCUCGAGUUCUCAGGUAUGAGUGC